UACAUAGCAGCAUGCUUACAUAGCCGUACGGCUCUGGCCCAUUCUUCUAUGCUGCCCCCUGCCGAUGGAAUAGAUAGAAACUUUAAUUUUCUCGCUCAUCAAUCCCAUAAUGCAACGUAGAGGCAGAAAGUAAACAGUGGAUUCCAUGAUGGCGGCUGACAGUGAUCCCGAGUCGGAAGUGUUUGAGAUCACGGACUUCACCACUGCGUCGGAGUGGGAGAGGUUUGUAUCAAGAGUGGAGGAAGUCUUAAAUGACUGGAAACUCAUUGGGAGUGGUGCGGGAAAACCCCCAGAAAAGGGAGAUUACACAAGCGGCACAUGGGAGGAGAAGAGUCAGGAGAUCAACUUUGCCGAUUUCAAAUUCUCCAUCGCACACAAUUAUCUUAAGCAGGAGACUCCGGAAAAUGAGGGCAAGGAGGAGACGGAGGAAGAUGCAUACCCUGCGGCCAUGCAGGACCUGCUUUGCAUGAACAAUGACUUCCCUCCCAGAGCCCACUGCCUCGUCCGAUGGUAUGGUAUGCGUGAGUUUGUGGUCAUCUCUCCCGGCGCAAACUGCGAGGCGAUUAUCAGCGAAUCCAAGUGUAACCUGCUCCUCAGCUCUGUAUCCAUUGCUCUGGCGAACACGGGCUGCCAGGCGCCGGUGUUUGUGCAGAUCCAGCAGAAAUGGCGGCGCAUGUACGCCGGCGAGUGCCAGGGCUCGGGCGUGCGCACCGACUUCGAGAUGGUCCACCUUCGCAAGGUCCCCAGCCAGUACAACCAUCUCGCCGGACUCCUGGACAUCUUCAAAUCCAAAAUUGGCUGCCCUCUGACGCCGCUGCCACCCAUUAACAUUGCCAUCCGCUUCACCUACAUCCUUCAGGACUGGCAGCAGUACUCCUGGCCGCAGCAGCCCCCUGACUUCGACGCUCUCCUUGCUGGAGAGGUGGGUGGAGUAGAGUUUGGAAAGCUGCCUUUUGGGGCCUGUGAGGAUCCAAUCAGUGAGCUUCACCUUGCAACCACUUGGCCACAUUUGACAGAGGGGAUCGUGGUGGAUAACGAUGUGUAUUCUGACCUGGACCCUCUUCAGGCUCCUCAUUGGUCCGUGAGGGUACGCAAGGCGGAGAAUCCCCAAUGCUUGCUGGGUGAAUUCCUGCUGGAGUUCUUUAAGCUGUGCCAGCUGAAGGAGUCUACAGAGGAGCUGCUGGGUAGAGGCGCUGGGGAGGAGGAGAGCAAAGAAAACGCAGACAUAAGCCACGCGUUGUCCAAACUGACGGAGCCCACGACGGUGCCCAUAUCCAAGCUCUCCGUCUCCAACAUGGUGCACAGCGCCCGCAAGCGCAUCCGCCGGCACCGGCGCGUCGACGAGUCGCCCCUCAACAACGACGUCCUCAACUCCAUCCUGCUGUAUCUGUUCCCAGAUGCAGCAACAGACAAGCCCGCUGAUGCAACCGCGGCCAAGGCCAAACAGGGAAACCCUGACGGGAAAGCUGAGCAGGAGAAGGAGCCAGAUGACUAUAACUUAUUCAACCAGUUCAAGUCUGCGCCCUCAGACAGCCUGACGCAUCGUCUGGCCCUGUGCAUCUGCAUGGUGAACUUCUACCACGGGGGCGUGCGCGCCGUGGCUCACCUCUGGCAGGAGUUUGUGCUGGAGAUGCGCUACCGCUGGGAGAACAACUACCUCGUCUACGGCCUGGCCAGUGGGACUCCGGACCUCAGGUGCUGUCUCCUCCAUCAGAAGCUACAGAUGCUGAACUGCUGCAUCGAGCGCAAGAGGGCCCGAGACGACAGCCGCCAGAAGGGCGCCUCCCCCGAGGGCCCCCGCGAGCGCAAGGUGUCGGGCCAAGAGAACGGGCGCUUGGCGACGGAGGGCUCCAGCAGCCUGUCUCCCGGAGGGGCGGCGGCGGCCGAGGUGUCGCCCGGCAAGUCGUGGGAGUCGUGGAGCGACAGCGAGGACGAGUUCUUCGAGUGCCUGAGCGACACGGAGGAGCUGAAGGAGACGCCCGCCGACGGGGCCAAGGAGGCCGGCAAAGCCAAGCCAGAGGGCCGACUGCAGCCGCAUGGGGACCUCACCCUGCUCAACUCAGACGAGCCCCUGUACAUCCCAGUCACGCAGGAGCCUGCGCCCAUGACUGAGGACACUCUGGAGGAGCAGUCGGAGGUGUUGGCCAAACUGGGCACAUCGGCGGAGGGAGCCCACCUGCGUGCCCGCAUGCAGAGCGCCUGUCUGCUCUCGGACAUGGAGUCCUUCAAGGCGGCGAACCCCGGCUGCCACCUGGAGGACUUUGUGCGGUGGUACUCGCCCCGCGACUACGUGGAGGAGGAGGUGACGGACGAGGCGGGCGAGACGGUGGUCAAGGGCGACCUCAGCGCCCGCAUGAAGAUCCCGGGCAACAUGUGGGUGGAGGCCUGGGAGACGGCCAAGGCCACGCCCGUGCGCAGGCAGCGACGCCUCUUCGACGACACCAAGGAGGCCGAGAAGGUGCUCCACUACCUGGCGAUGCAGAAGCCUGCUGACCUCACGCGGCACCUGCUCCCCUGCCUGCUGCACGCCGCCGUGCUCAAGGUCAAGGAGGAAGAGGCCAGGGAGGACAUCUUGUCGGUGCGUAAGGCCAUGCAGCAGAUGAUCUCCCACGCCAGCAAGCUGCUGCGCCACCCCAGCCCUGACUACAAGAAGGUGGAGGACCUCAUUAACCAGGUCAUGGUGCUGGAGGCGGUCAUAGCCCGCGCCCGCUCCCUUAAAGCCAAGUUUGGCAUCGGGAAGAGCGAGCGGGAAGGAGAGGAGGAAGAGGAGCUGGAAAGGUUUGUCAGCUCUCUGCUGGAUGAGCCAGAGGUAGCGGUCCUGGGAGCGGGACGAGGCCCAGCCGGCAGCAUCAUCCACAAGCUGUUUGUCAGCUCACAGAGGGCGGCGCUACUGGCCCCGUUGGAGGAGGACAGCGGCCGCCCGGGCGGCGCCGAAGACAAGAAGCCUGCGUCGGCGGGCGGAAUCCCGGACUUCCCGCCCCCUGCUGGCCGCGAGGUGAUCCUGCGGACGUGCGUUCCCCGCCCGGCGCCGUACUCCAAGGCCCUGCCCCAGCGCAUGUUCUGCGUCAUGUUGCGCGAGGAGUUCCGUCUGGCCGGGGCCUUCUCAUCGGACACUUCCUUCUUCUGAGAGGUUGCAGGCGGUGGGAGCAGAGGGCUGUCUGGAUGAAAGGACGACAUGAAAGGCGUGUCCCCUCUCAGACGGGGCCGAGGGCAGAGGGGCCAGGCGGGAGGUGUUUGUGCAGGAACCAGAGGCAUAAAGGAAGAACAGCAGAAGCACAGACAACGUGCAAAUUGAUUCAGGGAGGGAAACGUGGUGGUGUUCUUCAGGCAUUGACUUGGAGACCAUAUGGAGCCGCUCCUUGGAGAACUCUCAUCUGGAAAUCAGCUAAAGUGGGAUUCACGCCUUUUAAUU